AUGGGUGACAUCACUCCCGCCGCCCGCCAAUGGCGACGCUCGGCCGCGCCCACUGACACGCCCACCGCUUUUAUCAGCUGUCCCCUCCCCCCAGCCCGCGCUGACACACCCCCUGCACGGGGGGCGGCCGGGGGGGAGGGGGCCCCUGGCUCCCGCUGGCUCGUCCCUCCGCCCGGGAGGCGGCGGCGCUGCGGGGGGCUCCGGCCGCUGGCUUCGGCCGCGGGGAGCGGAGCGGUACGGAGCGAGGCGGGCAGGGAGCCGGAGCCGGAGGUGGCGGCGGCGGCGGCGGCUCCCCCGUGGCCCACUCCCCUCAGGAGGCCGCGGAGCCCCGCGCGGCUCGGGGCGGCGGGCGGCAGGGGGCGCUGGCGCUCCGCGACCGCCACAGCGGCGGUGCGACGGCUCCUCUGGCGGGAGCGGGGCUGGCCGGCCGGUGCCGUUCCCGGGGCUGUCCCCGCCGCCUUCCCGCUGGACCGGGCUCCGCAGCCUUCCCGUGCUCCUCGCCGGCGGGUGCGUGGGACGGACCUCGCGGGGGAAGGGUGUCUUCCUCGGCGCGGCUGCGGUGGUCGGCGGCGCGGGUCCGCCCACCGCCGUCUCCCCCUCCGCAGCGGGGCCGGGACCGUAAACCCCCGGAGGAAGCGCCGGGUGCCUCGGCUCCCUGCCCUCAUGGCCCCCCCCCCGCCGGGGCUUGCCUCGGUGGCUUGUUGGCAGCGAACGGGGCUGCGAGGCCGCAGGGCAGGGCCUGGCACGCUCCUGGGGCGGGGGGAUCCGGUGGCCUGCGGAUGGUGCUUCGGCGGCCCCGGCCUGCUGGGCGGCGAUGCCCGCUGCUCCUCAGGGCCGGGCCAGCACGGGGGGCCUGCCCGGGGCGGGGGGGAGGUCCCCCUGUCCCCCAGGGAAGGCCCAGCCAGCCCGCAGGAGGUGAGCCGAAAGCAUCCAGUUAUUCAACAAUGUUGUGAUUAUUGCAGAACGCCUGUAGCGGAUCCAGCUAUUGCGGAUAAUACCGUGUUUGUUUUCAUCGCAGAAUUUAUGAAAUCCAAAGCCAACGGUGUACUCAUCUGUGGUCAUUUUGCUUUGCAAAACGUGUGCUGAAAAUGAAUUCACAUACUGUUCUGU